AUGAACAUCACUCUCCUGCCUAGGGAUACCACUGGGCCCAGGGAAAGACCAGUGAGUGUACAUGGUGCCAUUUUGUCCCAUGGCUGAAGAUGGUUUGCCAAAAAUUGAUUCUCAUCCUCCAACAGAAAGCAGUAAAACAACAACUGAAGCAACCAUUUUCUUUGGGGCUGACAACACUAUUCCUAAAUCAGAAACAACCAUCACUUCAGAAGGAGACCACAUUACUUCAGUAAACGACUAUACACUAGAAAAUGAUUUUUCAAGAACAGACAACAAGCUUACAUCUCCAAAGGAAAAAGUAAAAUCAGAAGAUGAUGUUGAGUCCCAUAUUAUUAAGUCAUCAACCCAUCUGGAGAAAGAAAUUACUACUCUGACAGGCACAACAAACACCAUGGCUAAUGAUUCUAUUACUGAAAAUUUAAUCCCAGCGAAAAUUGUUAAUAUUUCAUCACCAAGUGCUACUGUUUCUUUAAUAGAUUUUUCCACUAACAUGGCAAAAGAAGAUAUUCUCUUGGAUACCACUGAUCCAGGGAAUGAAGAUGUCUCAAUAACUUCUGAAGUCUCUGGCACAUUAAAGGGAGGCACCGCCAGCAUUGCAGACACUCCCACCAUUCCAGCUAAGGAUGAAUCUGAUGUUAACAAUUACAGUUCCUCAGUUAAAUCCAAUGUCACUGCUGAUGAGGCCAUCCAGAUCACCAACUCUUCUAUACCUGAGGCUGAAAUCUCUCCUGCUACUGAAAAAAACUUCACUAUUCCAGACAUAACUGCCCUUACAGAAGAGAAAAUAACUGAAAUUGACUUAAGUCUUCCAGAGGAUGACCCCAAUGCUGUGCCUAAACUAACAGACUCCGAUGAGGAAAAGUUCAUCACUGUGUUUGAACUCACUACCACUGUCGAAAGAGACAAAGAUAAUGCAGAAGAUAUUCUGCUGACCGAUGAAGAGUCUAUGGAUGAAGUCAAUGUUUGGAUGGAGAAAAAUACCACAAAUGAAGCAGAGAAUGAUCCUGUUUUGCUCACAGCGGUUGAAUCCAGAUAUGACUUUGUAGUCCCGAUAUCAGUAGCUAUGAAUCUCACGGAAAAUUCAUCUACUCUGACAAAAGAAGAUCUGUCUGAAAAUAAUACAAUGGAAUCUGUAAUUAAGGACAGUGAGCCACUUUCAGAAACCACCCCCAAUCCAGAUACCCUAAACAAUGAGGAAGAUGCUUUUACAACUGAAAUGGGUGUCUUUAAGCUACUGAAAGAAGAACCAGAUGAGUUCCUGAUUUGAAAGCAGCAAAACAGAUGCCACAUAGAAUUGAGCAACAGCCUAGACAGCUAGUUUUAACAUCUAAGAAGUUUGUCUAGCAAGCAAAAAAUCUUAAUAAAGAAUGUGAACAUUUAAGGUCUUAAGCACUGAUAUUGCACUCUUCUUAUGCUUUUGGUUAGCAGUUCAAGGACAUGAAUCUUCAUUCUUUCCUGACACAGACUUUUAAAAUGGGUCUGUUUUCAUUUUGCUGAUUUUUCUUCAAUAAAUCUUUUGACAGCAACUGA